AUGUCCCCCCUUCAUCUACUUCUGCUUCUUCUCCCCCUCGCGUAUUCCCUCACGGUGACCAUCCCGAGUGCCGUGCAAAACGCCUCGUCUCUCCCGCUGCGGGUUUCCUCGGAGCUCGCCUCGCUCGCCUCGCUCGACGCCCCCAAACUGAGCGCGAUCAACGCCUCGGCGUUCGACUGGUGGUACUUUGACGUGGUCGCACGCGAGUAUUCCCUCGUGUGCACCUUCUUCGCCGCCUCCGAGUCCGCGUUUCCCUUCCUCUACCCUUCCUCGUCCGUGCUGGGCGCGUAUCUCUGGCUCGAGAAGGACGGGCAGGUCUGGCACGCCCAUUUCCCUGCCUCCCUUGCCCUCCUGCACUCUUCUCAUCCGGACGAAAUCGCCGGCGACUGGCAGGACGCAGGCUUCGUCUUUGAUGGCGUCUCUCAUGAUGAUCAUCUUGUCUACCAGUUGGAUAUCCACACUGCCAAUCUUACAGGCAGUAUAUCCAUACAAGCUCCGAUGAUGAGAAACGAACAGUAUCUAUCUGAGAUCGGAUGGGUGAAUCCCCUGCCGGAUGGAACCGCCCAAGUCUCCCUCGUGCUGGAUGGGAAGGAGAUUUCCUUCCACGGCUCCGGCUAUCACGACAAGAACUGGUCCAAUCAAGCAUUCGCAUCCCGCGUAUCAACCUGGUCAUGGGGCCACGCCCAUCUCGUCGAGCAGGGAAGAAGCGUCUCGCUGGUCUGGCUGCAUGUCGUGUCGCCCGCCAACGAAACAUCGUCCGCCGUCUACCUGGCGAUCAACGGGGAGAUUCUCGCAAACUACCAGGCCGGCAUUCUGUCCGUCUCGUCGACUGAGAAUACCACCCGAGUGGCGGUGCGGGAGGAAUUCGUCUUUACCUUCCUUAAAGAGCGGGUGAUCGCGUCCAACGAUCCUUAUUACUUCCGUUGGGCUGGACGGGAGAUGGACAGGCCGGGCGUGGUUUUAUUCGAACAGUUUACUCUGUGAAUGCCUACUCUACUGUGCUCUCUACUAUCGAACUUUGGUACUAUACUUAGUCAUUAAUACAUCGUGACGCGUAG